ACGGGCGUGUUUUAACUAAAUCUAAAUUAAAAAAACAUCACCUCCGCACCGUACCGUCGUCUUCCUGCUCUACCUUCCUCUUGCCCUUCCGCUCCUGUUGGCCGCCUAAUCUAGGUCUUAUUCCCUCCACUGAGGUCUUGGGUUUUGGGUGUUGAAGUUUGUAGAUUGAUCCCCGGAGAACGAGAAGACUACAGCGUCUUUCGAAUUCGGGGUUCAAGACAUGUAUCCAUUCCAAUCCUUUUCAUCAGUUGUAUAUGAAUCCAUGUUAAAGCAUGAUUGUUAGAGCAAGUUCAUCGGUUCUGCCUAAAUUUGUUGGAGAUAUUGCUGAAAUUUAAAAUCAGAGAGGGAUUUCUGAUGCUAAACUAUGUCCCUAAUGGUGUGCUAUAUUUUGUUCCAAAUGUAACUUAUUCUCCAGCCUAGGUUUUAGUUGAAUUGCAAUAUUUGCUCCAAACAAGCUUCCGCUCAAUCCUCGUCGCCGCCUACUCCGGAGUGUGCCUCACCUGCCGAUAGCCUCCGAACUCCUGUUUAGAUCUCUGUGCUUUGUAAUUCGGAAUAUUUCGGCAAUACUCAAGGACUAUGUGGUCACAUUCCACCUGGAAAUGGACAGAGUCAAAGAUCAACAACAAAGGCAAUUGUUUAAACAAUCAACAUGGCCCGAGUUUGAAGGGUACUUCAUCCUCCUCCCGCACCAACUCAGUUCAGAGGCUGGGGAGUUACCAGGCGAACUAAGUUCAAUUCUUCAUGUUAUCGGUCAGAUUUUCCCCUCACAUCAGAAAGUUUGGGUUAGAUCAAAGUCUUUGUUGGAUAGCAGCCGAGGAAGCUUUACUCUUUCAAGCAGGAUUUCUGGUGGUCGAAGGAGCAGAAAAAAUGGCUCAGAGUCAUCGGGGACAUUGGGUGGACAACAUUGGAAGAAGAGGCAUCAUAAAGUUACCUCCCAGAGACAAUUUAAUCUCAAGACAGAGGUCGGGCGACAUGACAAGCUCGAUAUGCAACUCAUCCCAUUGAAGCUACUUGUGCCGCACGAGAGAAAGGAAUUUGCAACGAAUCUGCUUAAGAACAUGAAUCCUAAGGACACUCAGUGACAGAAAACUGAGGGGGUAAAUUAUGUUAAACCUUUGUACCUUUUAAAGAAGAUUAUGAAAGAAGCCGCUCUGUUGUUCUACAACAUUCUAUGAAAAAUAGUUCAAUAAAACGGUCUGAGUCCUGGUCCAGUCAUGUGUACAGAGCAGGUUUACUUUUAGUUACUGUGUAGGUGCAAAAGAUGUCAAGGGGAAUAUUUUUUGGUGAUGCAAUGUUACUGAUAUAGUUCAUGUAUUUUAUCUUUUGCAGAUAAUGGGAGAGCUAGCUGUCUA